UGCACCGCAUCGCCGCAUCAGACGACUCACCGCUCGACGACCCUCGGUGCUGGUGCUGCUGGCUCUGAUGGCGUGCCUUUGCGGCCAUCUAUCCUCUCAAAAAGUCCCCCACCCUCCGCCUCCUCAAGUCUUUCCUCUGAUGAGUAUUAUCUAGGCGGUGGCCUACUGCUGGCGGUGGGGGAGAGUAGGUUUGAUCCUCAGCGCAUUUUUUUCCUCACUAAAAUCUAUCUGAUGCGCUUGAAACCAUCACGAUGCGCUAAAAGCCGUGUGGCUUGGAAGUUUGCCAACUGA